GCCUUUCUCUAGAUCUCUAGGUCAAUGUUACUUUUCGGUUUAGCUUCAAAAUUUAAAGUUCCAAAUUAAAAAGUAAAAUGAAAAAACAAAUUAUCAAAGAGUUUGUGACCGUGAAGAAGGUGCGAUAUCUACCACGAGAUCCACCGCCGGAACCACCCCCACCCAAACGACAUGUGCUUGUCGUUGGUAUUGUGACGCUGGAUAUGAUUACUGUGGUCGAUGAUCAUCCCAAGCCAGGCAUGGUGCAGCGCACUGAAGAGGGCACCUGGCGACGCGGCGGUAGAGCCUCUAAUGUGUGCGACGUCCUGCGACGCUUGGGCACCGAAUGCCAGUUUCUUGGUCGUCUAAGCAGUGCUAGAGCCUUCGAGAGUAUAGUCUUGAGUUUCCAGUCGAUGGGCAUAGACAUCUCCUCGUGUCCAUUCUCACCGCAUCAACCGGCUCAUCAGAGCAUUAAUAUAGUGCGAGGCCGUGGCACUCGCACCACCUUGGAAUACUCGAAUCGUCAUCACGAGCUCUCAUAUCAACAGUUCUUAGGCGCUGUAGAUUAUCGGAAUUACUCUUGGAUUCACUUUGAGGCACGCAAUGCCAAGGAGACAUUGAAAAUGAUUCAUGCGGUCCGGGAUUACACCGAACGAGCGGGUGGACCAAAAAUUGUAAUUUCUGUGGAUGUAAAUAAUCUAAGGCCAUUGAAUCUCUCCUUGGCCAACAAUGUGGACUAUGUGUUUGUUCGUAGGCAGCUUAGGAAUGAUUACGCCUUCAUGAAUGGCCAUGAGACGGUGUGGGCCGUAAGGGAGAAGAUGCGAAAGUAUCGAACUCGCUGGGAAACAGAACAAAUCAAGAAAUCACCAUAUCAUGAAACAAAUGAACCCAAGAUAAAGAACGACGAUGACAGCGACGAGAAUUCGGAUGACGAUUGUCUGGUAAAGGGACCAAACGAAGCAGUUAUACUGUAUAACAAUUAUUUAGAGGGAGCCAGUUGCCUGUUGCCCGAUGACACCUACUUCAAGGUGGGUAAACAUCCAGUACAAAAAGUUGUGGACAAUGUCGGCGAGAAUGAUACAUUCACUGGCGCUGUUAUCUAUGCCCUGCAGGUGGCCAAUAUGAGUCUACGCGAUGCCAUGGAAUAUGCCACUCGAGCUGUAUGCCUUAAAAUAUCCCAAGAUAGUUUCGAUGGUCUUCGUUGUAUGCCCAAAGAUUUAAUAGGAUGCUAUUAUGCCUAGUGUGAUGGAGUAGAUCUCUUAUGUAGAACAGGGAAAGGGAGGAGGAAACACACCACAAUUGCGUUUCACCUUGAUACAAUAGAAAAUCAUUGAGAGACUUUCAUUGGAAGUCAUCGUCUUCGACAGUCAAUGUGUUAAUGGUUAAUCAUCAUGUUUUCUUGUACGAUUGAUAACGAAUGGUGGGACUGGGACAAAUAAUUGAGAAGGCGGAUCAGAUAAGGGACUGAGGAGACAUUCAAGAGACAAUGAGUGGCAGAAGAAACCUCAUUAGCAUUAGUUGUUGCCUUAUCUUCCCAAUUCGAGUUGCAGAUAAAUCCCAGCCAUAUAAGGCCAACUCCA